GCUUGGUUUGUGCAUUAUCAGCUUGCAGUAGAGCAGAAGAUUUGAAGAUGGGGAUUGCAGAUUUUCUUAGUCCAUGAAAGCAAGGUUUAGUACAUACCCAAGGCCGGGCAUUAAGCUUACUUAGUAGCUAGGGUUUAGGCGGUUAUAAAUGGUAUCAAAGUCAUGUAGGCGAUAUGUCAACGAAGACGCUGACCUUAGAAGGUAGAUUGUUAGGUCCCAAAUUAGUUGGAAAACGAAAGAAACGUUCCUUAUUUUGGAAACCUAUGUCUAGCAAAGGCGUUUUAAACCAAGAGGCUGACAGCGAUAUGAAAUGGGGCUAAAGUAGACAAUAUUUGCUAACAGUGAGUUUGAACCGUUACAAAUAGUAUUAGAGUCAUUCGAGCGGUGUGUCAACAAGGACCCUAGUUCUUAUGGGGUGGACUGUUAGGUGUCACAUCAGUCUAAAGAAUGAAUUGUUAGAUGUCACACGAUAUGUAACGGACUAAAGCAUGUGCCGUUGGGUUAUAAUUUUCAAGUUUUCCCCAUUCACUAUCUGUACAUAACAUCAUCAAAUUGCCAUCCUUCCCUCUGCAUUCAACACUUGUCCCAACAAGGCCAACCCACCGCAACUGCUUCCCCACAUCAAUCCCUUCAAACAGCGCACAACAAAAUCCAGCUGCCACUCCUGAAAGAAACCACCCAUAGUGUUGAGAUCAUGAGUCGGGAACAGCCACGUAGGGGUGAAGAACAGAGGCAGCCUCGCCGGAACGACGUUGACGAGGGGCAGGAAACCAUCAAAUACGGUGACGUUUUCAACGUCUCCGGCGACCUGGCUGCGAACCCCAUCGCACCACAGGAUGCUCGCAUGAUGGGCAGUGCUGAAACCAGGGUAUUGGGGCAAGUGCCGCCGGCUGGUCCGGCCGAUAUCAUGCGAGCCGCCGCUGCUUAUAACGUCCGUGUCGGUCUUCUUGGUAACCGUGAUGUUAGCUAUGCUGCUAAAAACGAAGGCAUCAACAUUAGCGAGACCGAUAUUCCCGGAGCCCGUGUCGUAACCGAACGCGUCGCCGGACAGGUCGUCGGCCAGUAUUUGGACACCACGACGGCGAUUGAGACAGAGACGACGGAGCAGAAUGUAAUAACGAUCGGAGAAGCACUAGAAGCGGCGGGUCAAACUGCCGGAAACAAGCCGGUGGAACAGAGUGACGCUGCAGCAAUUCAAGCCGCAGAGGGCAGAGCAACGGGCAGCAAUGCCAUAUCUCCCGGUGGGCUCACUGCCACGGCUCAAUCGGCGGCGAGUUUCAACGCCGGGAUGAUUCGAGACGAGGACAAGAUCAAGCUCAGCUAUGUCCUAAUGGGUGCAAGAGGAAAACUGGCGACGGACAAGCCAGUGAGCCGGCAGGAUGCGGAGGGGGUGGUGAGCGCGGAGCUGAGGAACAAUCCAAACUUGAUCACUCACCCAGGUGGGGUGGCGGCCUCCAUCACCGCCGCCGCGAGGCUGAAUGAGGACGGCGGCGCAAAUGUAUGAAAAUAGUGACUUUUUAAGUUCUUAUUCUUCCUUUUUGGUUGCUGUAUUUGAAGUAAAAAAAAUAAAAAUAAAAAUA